UGCUCUCUGUGGGUUUGGGCAAGGCGCAGGCGUUUGAGUUUGGGUUGGGUUUGGGCGUUGAGCAUAAACAUCAGUUCUUCCAUCGCUUGGCCGUCGUCUUGUCUUCCCAAAAAUGGCGCCGCCGCUGCAGUCGCUGCUGAUACAGAAGCUGCUGAGCACAAACGCCCACAUCGGAAAACGAGUGGUGGCUCAUCACACGAAGCAUCUCACCAUCGGCAUUCGCAACAACGACAUCUCCAUCAUCGACUCCGACAAGACUCUCGUCUCUCUUCGCAGCGCCUCCUCCUUCAUCUCCUCCCUCGCUCGCCAGAAGGCCCGCUUCAUGUUCGUCAACACGAAUCCUCUCUUCGACGACAUCGUCGAUCUCAUGACGAAGAAGAUCGGCUGUUAUUCUCCCUCAAUCGCCUCCGUCUGGCGCACCGGCGGAUCCCUCACCAACAGCUGCAGCCCCAAGAAGUUCCGUUCUCGCAAUAAGCGUCUCUGCUUUGCUCCUCCUCAGCCUCCCGACUGUCUCAUCGUUUUCGACUCCGACGGGAAAUCCUCCGUCAUUCUCGAAGCCUCUCGUUUGGGGAUUCCCAUUGUUUCUCUUGUCGAUCCUUCCAUUCCUUUAGACUACUACGAAAAGAUCACGUAUCCAAUUCCCGCCAAUGAUUCUGUUCAGUUCGUUUAUCUUUUCUGCAAUCUCAUCACCAAGACUUUCCUUCUUGCCCAGAACAAGGGUAAGGAGGGAGGAGGAAAACUUGAAGAUGAGCCCGAAAACUACAAGGGUGGUGAUGACAACACUAAUGCUGCUGCUUCUUCUUGACGGCUGCUUGUUAGUUGUUUCUAUACCUAUUUAUUUGUUCCGUUCCGCUAAUAAAAGUAAGAAAAUCAAUUUUGUAUUACAGACAUUUGCUUUUGUUCUCUUUUUGCUUUUGCUCUCAUCGGUUAUUGGCGCCGAUUUCAACAACUAAGAUAGGUUGGCUUGUGAUUUUCAUAUUUGUUUUUGAAAAGUUAGUUUUUUAGGAACAAUCAUAUGGUUUUUGUCUAUGCAAUAUUUUACAAGAGUUUU